AUGGCAUGCUGCAGUAGCACUGCGGCGCGUGCUUUGACACCCUUGGCGCAGUACGCAAAAUCCCUCAACGUGCAGCUCGAUGGCUUGGAGCUGCACAUGGAGUUCCCCAUGUACACGGUAUCUUUAGGCACCUUACUGGAGAUGAGCCACUUAGAGCCUCACGAGGCGCUCAAGGAAAGAGGUCUCUUGGUCGAGUUCCACAGGAAGAUGGGAAAGGCAGUUUUUGUUUCACACCAGUGGAUUGAAGCUCAUCAUCCAGACCCGGACUGUACUCAGCUGAGGGUUCUACAGGAUGCUUUGAGGACAGUCAUCGGGAACUUGCAAAGCAUUCCCGUGGAUGUUGUGAGCGAGACUCUAAAUCAUGGCAGGCCCCUGCCGACAUCUGAGCUUCUGGCUGAGCCGCUCUUUUUCUGGUACGACUACUUCUCUGCCCCCCAGAAGGAAGAGCGAAGCAAGAGCUAUCUGCAGCUAGCCAUCAACAGUAUACCGGCCUUCGUGAACGCGUGCUCCUUCUUCUUUGCGCUCGUACCGGUCUUGGAGAACUCACGUGGGACCAACGUGAUUUCUCCCGGGAGCUGGCAUGGCCGCGGGUGGUGUAGAUUAGAAAGGACUUGCCGUGAGCUCUCCGAAGAUCACGACUGGAUCGUUGUGAAAAGCCCUUCAGACCUUGAGCUCAUCUCAGGUGCAGUGGCAUCCACUCGGGCUGGGUCUGGGCCAGUGGGCGAAGGUGCUUUCACCGUGCCAGAGGACCGCUUGAAGCUGGGGCCAGUUCUCAUGACGGCGCUGAAGCGGAAGUUGAAGAGGCUCCUGGAAACACAGGACUUCCCAGGCUAUCGUGCAUUCCUCAACCAGCAACGUGCGCUUUUCAGAGGCUUGGAGUGUGAUGCCUUUGAACCCGUCCCGGGCUUUGAUCAGAUCGGCUUUGAUCAGAUCGAUCUGAAAUCCCCAUGGCGCGCCAUGAAGUUCUUCCACCAGAAUGGUUUCCGCAACGUCUCGGACACUGACCGCUGUGGGUGGAUGCCUCUCCACUAUGCUGCGGUGAACGGGGAUCCAUUACUGGUGAAAGAUUUGCUCCUGCUUCGUGCAGAUCCAGACCAAGGCACCAAGAAAGUUCAUCCGGCCUUUGGCUUUGAAACCGGGAUGCUGCCUCUUAGCAUCUCUUGCCUGUUCAGGAACACUGAGCUUGUCCAGCUUCUCAUAUCCACCAAAGCUAGCGUGGCCAGCAACGUUGUAAUUCACGGACCUCUACAUUGCGCAGCGGCUCGGAGCACCAGAGAAUCCAUCCGGAUUCUCUUGGAGGCUCGGUGCAGCCCGCUGGAACAAAAUUCCUUUGGUGGGACGAUCCUCCAAAUGGCUGCUUAUUACGGAUCGUCUGAGGCCAUCGAUGAGCUCCCACGACAUGUGAAUACUGCCCUGAAUGCUUCCGAAGCUCUUCACAGUGCCGCCCUGGGCGGGGCGGGCGCCGAGGUGGUCCAUCGGCUAGUUGAGAUGAGAGCAGAUGUGAACAUUCAGACGGACGAGCACUUUCGGCGCAAGCCACUCAUGCGAGCCGUGUACACAUUGCUGACCCUACAACACCGCUUUUACAAGGUCACGCCUUUCUCCAGGAUCAUGUAUCAUGCGGAAGGAGCAACCCCCUUGAUGGUGGCUAUACUCGCCUGCAACCAUGAAUGCGCUGCAGCUCUGAUAGCCGCAGGAGCACAGGUCAAUCUGCGGAAUGCGCGAGGAUGCGCCGCGGCAGAUUUCAUCAUCGGGCAUUCGUUGCCAGAUUUCCUCCGGGAGGCGUUUGAAGGAAAAGUGGAGGCAUGCCACAGGGUGUCACUGCUGGCACGUGGCUGGGUGGAGCUGACGUUGUAA